AUGCCUGUUGGCUCUGAGGUUCUAUCAGGGGUACUUUUGAGUGGGUUGUUUUCUGCUGAGGUAUGGAGCAAGUUUUCGUCUGGCCAAGCUGCUAUCAUCAUCAGCUUUUCUCAUUCCAAGAAGCGCUCGACUGGCGGUUUCUUGUUCGUUCUGAUUUCCUUGUGGGCUCUUUCGUUAACUGCACUUAGUGGUCGAAUUUCUGUGACAGGGCUGAAGUCUGCAAAUUCUUCUUUUUAUUGUCCUAGAGAAACCUCUUAA